AUUGAUGAAUUUGAGGCCCAUGUGGGCGUUUGAAUAGGGUUGGACUGGACACAACACAAGUGUCAUUUUGGGUGGAAUAAGAGAGGUAUUGAUGGUGGUGUGGCGGAGCCCAGAUUGAAGCACGUCCCCCUCUCACGCACAGGGCAUAUAGUAACCAGAGAACUUGCGAGUGACAAUGGCGAGCAACGGCGAUGAAUCACCCAGAUCCGGCGCCGGCGCCGGCGCCGCGAACGAGAACCCCGCGUCCGCCGCAUUCAGUUCAGACCAGCUGCCGAUGAAUUCCAGUCAAAAUUACACGGACGACGAUGGCGAAGCGUCUGUCGAUGCUGAAAUAAUCAGAGAUGAAGAAGAAGACAACAUCGACGACGAAGAAGAUGACGAAGGAGAGGACCUCUUCAACGACCAAUUCAUGAAUGAUUACCGGAGGAUAGGAAAGCAGGACCAGUACGAAACCUUGGGUUUGGAUGAUUCCAUGGAGGAUGAUAGGGAUUUGGACCAGAUUAUGGCUGACCGCAGAGCUGCUGAGAUCGAACUCGAUGCAAGACAACCUUCUCGUUCUCACCGCAAGUAUCCCCAGAUUCUUCACGAACAAGGUGGUCUCCUCUUUUCAUUUUUCACUGUCUCUCUCACCCUUCUGGAUCUGUACUUUGACACCGAUGAUGAUGAAGACAGGCCGCCAAAAAGAACUAGAGGGGACAGGCAGCCAAAUACUCCAACCAGCAUGGAUGAUACUGACGGGAUACCCAGUUCACCUGGUAGAUCACAAGGAGGGAACUUCAGAGAUGAUGUAUCCAUGACUGAUAUGGACGAUGAUGAAGAGAAUGAGGAAGGUGAGUUUGAGAUGUAUAGAGUUCAAGGAACCCUCAGAGAGUGGGUUACGAGAGAUGAAGUGAGGCGUUUCAUCGCCAAGAAGUUCAAGGAGUUCUUGCUUACUUAUGUGAAUCCAAAAAUUGAUCAUGGAGAAUUUGAGUAUCUGAGGCAGAUAAAUGAAAUGGUGGCAGUUAACAAGUGCAGUCUGGAGAUUGAUUACAAACAAUUUAUCUAUACCCACCCGAAUAUUGCAAUCUGGCUUGCAGAUGCUCCUCAGUCAGUUCUCGAGGUUAUGGAAGAAGUUGCCAAUAAGAUUGUUUUCCAGUUUCAUCCAAAUUACAGCAAAAUCCAUCAAAAGAUAUAUGUGCGCAUCACCAACCUGCCCGUGUAUGAUCAGAUACGCAACAUUCGGCAGAUACAUUUGAACACCAUGAUUCGUAUUGGUGGAGUUGUGACUAGACGUUCUGGAGUCUUUCCUCAGUUGCAGCAAGUUAAAUAUGACUGUAACAAAUGUGGGGCAAUUCUUGGACCUUUUUUCCAGAAUUCUUACUCAGAGGUGAAGGUUGGUUCUUGUCCAGAGUGCCAAUCGAAAGGACCAUUUACUGUUAACAUUGAACAGACAAUAUAUAGGAAUUAUCAGAAACUUACUCUUCAAGAAAGCCCGGGCAUUGUUCCUGCUGGUCGACUUCCAAGAUACAAAGAAGUGAUACUGUUGAAUGAUCUCAUUGAUUGUGCCCGACCAGGGGAAGAGAUUGAAGUGACUGGCAUAUAUACCAACAACUUUGACUUGUCACUGAAUACAAAGAAUGGAUUUCCCGUCUUUGCCACGGUUAUUGAAGCGAAUUACAUCUCCAAAAAACAUGACCUCUUUUCAGCCUACAAGCUUACCCAAGAGGACAAAGACGAAAUUGAGAAGUUGGCCAAAGACCCAAGAAUCGGAGAACGGAUUAUCAAGUCGAUAGCCCCGUCAAUCUAUGGCCAUGAGGACAUAAAGACUGCAAUAGCUCUUGCUAUGUUUGGUGGUCAAGAGAAAAACGUUGAAGGCAAACACCGUCUACGAGGGGAUAUAAAUGUGCUUCUUCUUGGUGAUCCUGGAACAGCCAAGUCCCAGUUUCUUAAGUAUGUUGAAAAAACUGGACAGAGAGCAGUUUAUACUACUGGGAAAGGAGCUUCUGCUGUAGGUCUAACAGCAGCGGUUCACAAAGAUCCAGUUACGCGGGAAUGGACUCUAGAAGGAGGCGCUCUUGUUUUGGCUGAUAGAGGCAUAUGUCUUAUUGAUGAGUUUGAUAAGAUGAAUGAUCAGGACAGGGUAAGCAUUCAUGAAGCAAUGGAGCAACAGAGUAUUAGCAUAUCAAAAGCUGGGAUUGUCACAUCUCUCCAGGCUCGCUGCUCUGUAAUUGCGGCAGCAAAUCCUGUUGGAGGAAGAUAUGAUUCCUCAAAGACAUUCACACAAAAUGUGGAAUUGACCGAUCCAAUUAUUUCCCGCUUUGAUAUUCUCUGUGUGGUCAAGGAUGUGCCUGAUCCUUUAUUGGACGAGAUGCUGGCACAAUUUGUAGUUGAUAGUCAUUACAACUCACAAGCUAAAGGUGCCAGCUUUGAGGAUAUACCUGUGAGUAAUUCACAGGAUGGAGACCAAGAUUCAUCUAGACAAACGGAUCCUGAGAUAAUUCCCCAAGAGUUGCUAAAGAAGUACAUAACAUAUGCCAAGCUGAAUGUUUUUCCAAGGCUGCAUGAUGCAGAUCUUGACAAGCUUACACAAGUCUAUGCUGAAUUACGGAGAGAAUCUUCGCAUGGACAAGGAAUUCCUAUUGCAGUUAGACACAUAGAAUCAAUGAUACGGAUGUCUGAAGCCCACGCAAGAAUGCACCUUAGGCAACAUGUCACUCAAGAAGAUGUGGACAUGGCUAUCCGAGUUCUGCUGGAAUCCUUCAUUUCAACCCAAAGGUUCGGUGUGCAGAAAGCUUUGCAAAAGAGCUUCAAAAGAUAUAUGAUUUUCAAGAAGGAUUUCAAUGGAAUAGUUCUCCACCUUCUACGAGUACUUGUGAAGGAUACCCUGCACUUUGAACAAAUUUUGUCUGGCUCCACCGCAAAUCUUUCUUAUGUUGAUGUGAAGGUGGAAGAACUGCGAAGCAAGGCCCUUGAUUACGGAAUCAGUGACCUGGAAGCUUUCUUCAAGAGCUCAGAAUUUUCUACUGCCAACUUUGAGCUGGACGAGGCAAGAGGUAUUAUAAGGCAUCGUAUGAACCACUGAGCUGAGAGGCUAUGAUUACGGUAUGGAAGAUGUUCAUUCAUAGUUUUAAAGAUAAGUUUUGCCACCAUUCUUCCUUACUCACUUUGCAAGUUGGAAUGUCUUGGAAGUAGUUGAUGAGGUUUGCAUGUGGACAGCCAUUUGAGAUUUCUUUAAAACAGCAAUCAGAGACUUAUUCAGUCUGCUCAAACUCUUCUAUUUUGAAGAAAGUAGUUUCCAGAGGACAAUGACAGUUUGAAUGUCCUGACUUGGUGUAAAUUUUGUUUGAAACACUCUUAAAUGUUAAAUUAUCCUAGUUUUUGUCAAAUUCAACUUCUCACAAUUCUCUUUAAGAGAUACUUGCUUAAAAUGAACAAUGACUGCUUAUGAAUCAUUUUAAUGGCUCCUCGUUAACAUUAAUUCUGCGCUGUUAAAGAGUCAAAAAAGGAAAUUUGCCCAAUUUUAUGAAAAAUGGGUUCGGUCCAAAAUUGCAAUGAAC